GUUGAUUUUAAAGUUUGCAAGUAUUCAACUUUAAUAUGAAGAACCUGAAAAUCAAUAUUGUGAUUUUCCCCAGUUCACACACACAGUCUCUUUCUCAUUUAUACGGAGAGUUAGAAAAAUGGCUAGAAAGUCUGAAGACACUUAGAAUCAAAGACUUCUAGGAAGCCAAGAGACAUAUCCCUAUGAUGAUACCGAUACUCAUACCAUAAUUUCUGGAGUGGAUUUUUUGAAUGAUUCAUUUAGAAACAUGGAAUAUUAGUUUUGUGUGUGUUGGACAACAAGAUAAAGCAAUGCUGAUUUUAUUACUAAUAUAUGCCAUACAUACUUGGACAAUGAGAUAAACUGUGUCGAAUUUUAUAAUGCUGAUAUUUAUAAAGUAGGCAAUGUUAGUUUGUUGUGAACAUUAUCAACCCUUUUAUCUUUAUAAACUCAUGGGAAAUUUUCCAUUCUUUCCUUUUUGUUUUUAGCAGCAGAUUAAUACUUAGUAUCUUUUUGGCAGUUUCUCCAAAACCAGGGUUAUUUAGUCAGCAUUUCAAAUGACAACGAUAUUCAGGUUUGGAGUCUUGAGAGCAGGUGCAUAGCUUCUUGUUUACACUGGGCAUCCAAUAUAACUGCAUUUUCUGUGAUCAGUGGCUCCCACUUCAUGUACGUUAUGACAAAAAUUUGAAAUUGGUAUGUCGGUGAUGAAGAUGGUUUGAUGUCUGUGUUGAAGUUUGAGGCUGAGGAUGGAAAACUUUUCCAGUUGCCUUAUCAUAUUUCUGCAAAAUCUAUAAGUGAAGCUGCUGGGUUUUCUUUUCCUAGCGACCAACCUAUUGUUGGAGUCCUUCCUCAACCUUCUUCUUCUGGGAAUAGAUUGUUGAUUGCAUAUCAGAAUGGGAUGAUUAUUCUUUGGGAUGUUUCUAAAGGUCAAAUUCUCUUUGUUGGAGGUGGUAACGAUCUCCAAUUGAAGGACGGAGUUGUUGAUUCUUCUUCAAGUGAAGUUGAUACUAAUCUUCCAGAUGAUACAUUGGAACAUCAUCUAGAAGAGAAAGAGAUAAGCGCACUUUGUUGGGCAUCUUCCAAUGGGUCCAUUCUGGCUGUGGGAUACAUCAAUGGGGAUAUUUUGUUCUGGAACACAUCAUGUGCCGCAUCUAGUAAAAGCCAACAAGUUAUAUCGUCAUCCAACAAUAUUGUUAAGCUACAAUUAUCAUCUGCAGAAAGGAGACUCCCUGUUAUUGUCUUACAGUGGUGCAAAAACCAAAAAUCCCGUAAUGACUGUGAUGGUCAGCUUUUUAUCUAUGGUGGUGAUGAAAUAGGAUCUGAAGAAGUUUUGACGGUUGUAACUCUUGAAUGGUCAUCUGGGAAAUUAAGAUGUGUGGGUCGUGCAGAUCUUACACUCACUGGCUCUUUUGCACACAUGAUUUUAUUACCAAAUGAUGGACCGAUAGGGGGUAACCACAAAGCUGAUCUUUUUGUGUUGACAAACCCUGGGCUACUACAUUUCUAUGAUGAUGCUAGCCUAUCUGCCUUAGUAUCUCAGCAUGAGAGAAGACCAUCUGUCUCUGCCAUGGAGUUUCCUGCAGUGAUACCUUUAUCUAAACCUUCCAUGACUGUGGCAAAGCUAUGUAAAUUACCCACUGGGAGGAACUCAUCAAAGGCCCUGUUAGAGGUAGCCUCAGUUAUGAAACCUCCCUCAACAGUGACCCCAGCAAGUGUUGCAAAAUGGCCCUUGACAGGAGGUGUAGCCAGCCAGUUGUCUAUUACAAAAGAUAAUGGGAUUGAAAGAGUUUAUUUAGCAGGUUAUUCUGAUGGGUCCAUUCGGCUAUGGGAUGCCACAUAUCCAGUAUUAUCUUUUAUCUGUCUUGUAGAAGGCGAGGUACAAGGUAUAAAAGUGGCUGGUUCAAGUGCUCCAGUAACAAAAUUGGACUUCUGCUUCUUCACUUUAAGUUUGGCUGUUGGCAAUGAAUGCGGCCUGGUUCGUCUCUAUGACCUCAAAGGCUGUUCAGAUGGGACAAACCUCCAGUUUGUCACAGAAACCAACAAUGAAGUUCAUAUUUUGCCUCGUGGAAAAGGACCUCAAUGUAGAGCAGUUUUCUCUCUACUUAAUUCCCCAAUACAAGCACUAAAUUUUGCAGACUCUGGUGCUAAACUUUCUGUGGGAUUUGAAUGUGGUCGUGUUGCAGUGCUUGAUACAAGUUCAGUAUCAGUUUUGUUCUUGAUAGAGGGUGUGUCGAGCUCUAGCUCUCCAAUCAUUUCAAUGACUUGGAAAGAACUUACCCAUACUGAUAGCCUUGUCAAAAGCCCAAAGCACUCUGAAACAAAAAUCUCAACAAACCCUGCAGGGGAAGUAAUGUUUGUCUUAACCAAGGAUGCAAAGAUUAAUGUGAUUGAUGUUAGUACCGGUAACAUGGUCAGCACUCGCCCAUGGCACUUGAAAAAGGAAUCAGUUGCAAUUUCAAUGUAUGUUAUAGCGGUCAGUUUCUCUGUCUCUGAAUCAUCCAAUGAAACACAGCCAGAGUCCCAUGAGGAUGCCGCUACCAAGAAUGAACCUAUGCCCUGUACUACAGUUGGCAUAGAUUCACAUGAAGGUGAACAACACUCUUUGGAAACUGCGUGCUCUAAGGAAAGAUUGUUGGAUUCAGUUCUUUUGCUUUGUUGUGAGGAUUCGUUGCACUUGUACUCUACAAAAUCUGUGAUUCAGGGAAAUAAUAAAGCCAUUUGUAAAGUGAAACAUGCAAAACGUUGCUGUUGGACAACAACUUUAAAGAAAGAUGGAAAAGUUUGUGGACUGGUCUUGCUAUUUCAGACAGGAGUGCUUGAAAUAAGAUCUUUGACAGAUUUAGAAUUGGUGAAAGAAAGCUCUUUAAUGUCAAUUCUAAGGUGGAAUUUUAAGGCAGACAUGGACAAGUCAAUGAGUUCUUCAGAUAAUGGGCAGAUUGCACUGGCAAGUGGGUGUGAAUUGGCGUUCAUAUCUUUAUUAGCUGGAGAAAAUGAUUUCAGGAUUCCGGAAUCUUUACCUUGUUUUCAUGAUAAAGUUCUUGCGGCUGCUGCUGAUGCUGCCCUUAGUUUCUCUAUGAAUCAGAAGAAAAAGCAGGGUAACCAACCUGGAAUUCUAGGUGGUAUCAUCAAAGGUCUUAAAGGGGGAAAAAUGGUCCAUGCGGAGGAUUUUAGCAUGUCUCCUAAAUCCAAUUUUACUCAUUUAGAGGGCAUAUUUUUGAAGCCCCCAUUCUCAGACCCAUCUUCAGCUGUUACAGAUAAUCAGGAAGAAGAGGAGCUUAAUAUAGAUGACAUCGAAAUAGAUGAACCGCUACCCAUGGCCUCUACUUCAUCUGAUGAUUCUAAAAAUAUAAAGAGAGAGAAGGGGACGGAGAGGGAAAAAUUAUUUCAAGGUGGGACUGAUGAUUCAAAACCCAGAAUUAGAACACCCGAAGAAAUUAUAGCUACAUAUAGAAAAGCUGGGGAUGCUUCUUCAGUGGCUGCACAUGCAAAAGACAAGCUCAUGGAGAGGCAGGAAAAACUGGAGAGAAUCAGCAGGCGCACUGAAGAGCUGCAGAGUGGAGCUGAAGACUUUGCGUCAUUGGCUAACGAGCUUGUCAAGGCCAUGGAAGCUCGAAAAUGGUGGCAUAUAUGAGAAGAAGUCUUGCCUAAUUUGCAUGUGCUUUAACAUUAUGCCAUUCCGAGAAUUCCAGUGAUUUUUCUCAUAGACCUAAGACCAGCAAUCGGACUACAGUUAAGUACAUCUUCUGUAGCUUUUAAUCCAGCUGACAAGCAAGAGGCCAUGCUCUUAUAGUGCAUCUGAGUUUCCAUAGCCCUUCAUGUAAGUUAUGUAACUGUGGCAUAAAUGUCUCUUCCGGACAUUGUAAAUCAUGACAGGUUUUAUUAAUUUAUUCGUGGUACAAGGCCGAAAAGAGGCAAUUGAUAAAA